UGCGGAGAUCGACUAGGUUCUUCCUAGAACACCAUCACGUACGGUUUGAAAUCGGUCGCAAUUCAUAUUCUCACAUUUCAUUUACUAGUCGACACCUAGGUACUUAACUAGCUAUUAUCUAAUCUUGUCAUUCGGGUCGAAAAUGGCAUUGCUUCAAAUCAUAUCGGCUAUGGCUAUGGCUAUAGCUGCCCCCCUUUUCCUCGGCCAACCCCUGUUCACCCUUCCCGUCGCCGCACAAGCUCAAUGGUCGCGAGUACACGAAAUACCAGGCUUUGGCUUAGGUACAUGGCGUUCAAAUGGAGAUCAAGCUGCGCAUGCCGUCGAAUACGCCCUUAGUUUAGGGUAUGACCACAUCGACGCCGCACAUAUAUAUCGGAAUGAGGACGAGACUGGGAAAGGGAUUGCCGACGCAAAUGUUGACAGGAGAUACAUUUGGGUAACGAGCAAGCUGUGGAAUACGGACCACCAACCCGACAGAGUUGAACCCGCCAUCAGGCAGUCGCUUUCAGAUCUUGGAUUGGAUUACCUGGAUCUCUACCUUAUGCACUGGCCUGUCGCAUUUGUUCCUGGUGAUGGCACUGAACUUGACAGGGAGACGUCGAUCGUCGAUACCUGGCGAGCCAUGGAGGACCUGGUACGCGCCAACCUCACACGGUUUAUCGGUAUCUCCAACUUUUCUAGAAGGAACCUCAAUGUGAUCUUGGAUAUUUGCGAUAUAUGCCCGUACGCACAUGAGUUCGAGCUGCACCCGUAUCUGCAGCAGAACGAUUUCGUCAACUUCCACAAGGAAGUCGGUAUCAAAGUCAUCGCCUACUCGCCUCUCGGGAACACCAAUCCGAUAUACAACGGCCGCCACGGAAACCUGCCGCCCCUUCUAGAAGACCCAUUCUGGAAGAAGUUAGCUGACGUCAAGGGCGCAUCCGUAGCACAAACCGUUCUUGCCUGGGGAAUGCGACGAGGCACCGUUGUGAUCCCCAAAAGCGUGCACGAGAACCACAUAUACCAGAACAUGUUCUCUCUAGAAAUCAACUUCAACGUCCUCGAAAUGUACAAUAUCAGCCAGCAGGAUAAAAGGGCUAGGAUGAAUAACCCGAGCGAGAGCUGGGGCGUGGAGCUUUUUGCGGAUUUGGAUGAUCAUACGAGUCUGGAUGGUAAUAAGGGCCAGGAAUUAUGAGUACUGCCUAGAGAGUACCUGAAAGGAUUGAAUGUUGCAAGGAAGAUUUUAACGUGUACCUUAGUAGGUACCUAGGUACCUAAGGAAACUUUAUUAUUCUCCAAUUAAGGCG